GGGGGGCCGGGCCAUCGGGGCCUGGGCCACUGUGCCUCCCUCAGCCUGGCCUGGGGAGACUAGUCCCAAAGGUGGGCACUGGGGGUGGGGGCUCCUCCCUCAGGGCUGGAGACUGGCCACAGCUUAGGGGUGGGGGCGGUGAGUUGAUCUCGGGGUGUUGAUCUCGGGGUGUGGAAGGAGCCCACAGGGCCGUGGCCACACCAGGUGGUCUUCAGGGAAGGUUUGUGUGGGGUGUGGUGGAAGGCAGCAAUAUGGGUGUGGCAGGGAGGAGGGAUGGGGGCCACGGGGCCCAGGGAGUCAGAAUCAAGGGUACAGAGAGUGGAUGUGGGGGUUCGAGGAAGUGUGACAGGGACAGAGGUAAGGCAGGCCGAGGGCUGGGCAUGUGAAGGCAGCCACGCCUUCACAGUGCCCGGAGUGCCCCUCAACUCCCCCAGAGCUGGCCAGUCCCCAGCCUCUCUAGAGGCUGGGCCACGGUGCCCCCUCCCCCCAGCCCUCUGCAGCAGCCAGAGCCGGAGGGGGUGUGUUUCCUUUUUGUUGGUGAUGCAUGCAAAUCAAGUGGAUAACUAAACAAAAUAACAAAAAAAGAAAAAAAAACACAAAAACCAACCAACGCCAAAGGUGAGGAACCUCGCUGGACGUAGCUGGCGCAGUCUAGUCUUAGCAUAAGCAUCACUGUAACCUCUAGCCUAUCGACUCUUGUUACUCUUACUAGUCACAAAAGGCCGCAUGUUUAAAAAGUACUCCACUGUCUUCUCUCUGCUCCCUCAAUCCCCGUCCCCGGGGUACGGCCACCUCUCUUGCCCCAGUCCCCUUUGUGAGGGGAUGGGGGCAGGGUCGGGUGCCCACAGUCCUGACUCCACCCUCCCUUGUGGGUCCCAGCCCCAGGGGGCCUUGCCGGUAGCUAGAAGGUCAUGUGGCUGGUCCCAGGGCCAGUAAUGGCCCAAGGCCUGCUGCCCGAGUUUAUUUUUAUUUAACUUUGUUUUGUGAGUGUGUGUCUGCCUGCCCCCCUCCCCUUCAGUGUUAAGUGGGAGUUCUGGGGGAGCCUCUCCUCCCCCCUCCCUCUCCCAUGUCCCCCCCUCCCCUCUGUCUCCAGUCACCAGCCAUCCUCGACCAGGCAGAGGGCAGAGCAGGCAGGCAGGGGCCUGGGGUGGCCUGGCCCAGCCCAUCAGCCCACAACCCCUUCUCAGACUGCCAGUAUUGCCCCUUCCCUUUUUAAAAUGAAACAUCCUUGUUUGUAAAUCCUUAGACGCUUGAAAAUAAAACCCCUCCCUUUUCUUCCACUGAGUCUGUGGUGUGACCUGGGCCUUGGCAGGGUGUGGCUUGAGACUCUGGAAAAGGGCUGUAAGCUGUGUGACCUGGGGGAAUAGAGGGAUGGGGGAGCAGUGCCAUCCUGGUAGAUGAGGUCUCUGCAUCGAGGGGAAACUGAGGCAGGGUUUGGGCUGGUAGGUGGUGUUUGUGGUGAGUUGCCCAAUAGCAAGCAGGCAGUGUGAAGGGACACCUGCCAUCCCCCACCCCACCCCCCCAAUAGCUGUAGGUCUAGUGGAAGAGGAGCUCUUAAUCCCCGGCAGGCCUUGGGCAAGGGCUCUGGUGUCGGCCCCUCAGUCUGCCACCCCCGCUCCCUGCCUCCUGAGGUGGUUGCCCAGCCAAGGACAGGGCCACCUGCCCACCUGCUGGUUCUGAGUGCUGCCUGGGCUGGUGCCUCUGCCCCCGGCCCCCGCACGCUCACUGUAGCCAGUCCAGUAUGCUGGGUGCCACGUUCCUGUUGCUGGCCCUUCUCCCAAGGACCUCCACCUUGCCCAGCGGGCUCCCGGCAGCGCCCCCGUUCCCGGCGGCGCCUGGUUCCUGGCUGCGCCGACCACUUUUCAGUCUAGAGCUAUCGGAGGUGGAGGACGCCUUCCCGCGCCGCGCCGGGCCGCUCGAGGUCCCGGCCGACAGCCGCGUGUUCGUGCAGGCGGCCCUGGCUCGUCCUUCCUCGCGCUGGGGCCUGGCUCUGCACCACUGCUCGGUGACACCGUCCUCACGCCCGGCACCGGGGCCCGUCCUGGCGCUGCUGCGUGGAGGCUGCCCUGUCGACUCCUCGGUUGCCUUCCCGCCACUGCCGCCGCGCCCCGGUGCCGCCCGCUUCAGCUUCCGCCUGCGCCCGAUCUUCAACGCCUCUGUACAGUUUCUGCACUGCCAGCUGAGCCGCUGCCGCCACCUCCGGGGAGCCCGCCGGACUCCUAUGCCUGUGACUCUGCGGCCGCCGUCGUCGUGUCUGCCUCAGGAUGAGGCAUGCACUGACGCCGGCAGCGGGGAGAGUCUGGGUGCCGAUACCCCCUACCUACAAACGCUGACGCAGCCCAUCUUGGUGACGGUGCCGCGGCCCUCCCCCAGGCCACCCAAGGGCGUCCCCGGCAGAGCCCUACGCCCCGAGCCUCCUGCGCCUCCGGCACCUCUUGCACCGGCUCAGGCAGCCCUGGAGCCCGCGCCAGUGGUGGCGCUGGUGGUGGCUGCCUUCGUGCUAGGCGCCGCGCUGGCUGCCGGUCUCGGCCUCUUGUGCGCGCACUCAGCGCCUCCACCUCCCGGCCCGCCCGCAAGAAACUCGCCUAGCGGCCCUCAGCCCCAAAGGCCCCAGUGAGGGAUGGCGCCCCCCCCCCCCAGCAGGGUCCGGCAAGACUCACCAGCCAAGGCAUCAGACAAGGCUCGAGGACCAGCUGCUGUGACCUCGGACCCUAUGGGACCAUGAUCCCUGUACCCCACCCUCCUAGUUCUUCCUCCCACCUGGGCUUAAAAUAAACAUCUGG